GAGUCCGUCCCGCCCCGCCCGGCAGGAAGGCGCCCCCGCCUCUCCCAGCGGCUGCCGAGGGGCGGCCCUGCUCCGCCCGGGCCUCACUCGUUUUCCCGGCGCGGCCGGGACGGACGGACAGCAGGGAGGCGGCGGCCAUGGGGCUGCCCGCGCUGCUCUGCGCCCUAGCCGUCCUCAGCUGCCCGAUCUCACCGCCCGCCGCUGCUGCCCGAACCGCCCAUGCAUACAACAACAGCAGCGUAAGGGGCAGAACUUUCCUGAUACCUGACCGUGGUGAACCUAUACCUGUGGAAGAUAUUGAAAACAGUGCUGAAAAUGAUUCGGAGGUUGGAUUAGGAUCUACCAAUCAGAGUAGAUCACCUCCACAUGAACAACGAACAGUGUCAGUGGAAACAGCAAGAUAUCUCACUAGUCCGUGGCUGACCCGUUUUGUUCCUUCGGUUUACACAUUAGUGGUUGUGCUCAGCCUUCCUCUGAACGUUACAGCCAUAUUUGUGUUUCUGAGAAAAAUGAAAAUUGAAAAGCCAGCUGUAGUUUACAUGCUGAAUUUGGCUCUUGCAGAUGUACUGUUUGUAAGUGUGCUCCCUUUCAAGAUUGCUUACCAUUUCUCUGGAAACAACUGGGUAUUUGGACCUCGGAUGUGCCGCUUUGUCACUGCUGCUUUCUACUGUAACAUGUACUGCUCAGUAAUGCUCAUGACAAGCAUAAGCUUUGAUCGCUUCUUGGCAGUGGUGUACCCCAUGCAGGCUCUUGGCUGGCGUACGUUAACACGUGCCUCAGUGAUUUGUCUCAUCAUAUGGUUUGUAGCAAUAACUGGAGUUGUACCUUUUCUCAUCAGAGAGCAAACUAUGGAAAUACCCAAGUUGAAUAUCACAACCUGCCAUGACGUGUUAAGGGAAUCUGAGCUUCACGGCUAUUACGUACACUUUUUCUCUGUCUUCUCAUCUGUUUUCUUUGUAGUGCCAUUUAUAAUAUCUACCAUCUGUUAUGUGUGUAUCAUUCGGUGCCUGAGUUCUUCUAGUAUUGUUGCAAGACAAAAUAAGAAGACACGUGCCUUGCUCCUGUGUGUGGCCGUUUUUUCAGUCUUUGUCAUUUGUUUUGGGCCAACCAAUGUCCUGCUAUUAAUUCACUAUAUCCAUUUUUCAUACAACAACAGUUUAGAGUAUCUCUACUUUGCCUAUCUACUCUGUGUAUGCAUCAGCAGUGUUAGCUGUUGCAUUGAUCCCUUUAUUUACUACUAUGCUUCCUCUCAGUAUCAGAGACAACUGUUUAGUCUCUUGAGUUGUAAAGAGACUUUAGAUCCUAACAGCAGUAACAGCAGUGGCCAAUCAAUGUCUACCACUAGCAGAAGAGGCACGUGCUCUACUAACGCAAAUAACAGUGUCUACAGCAAAUUACUAGUAGUACAGUGAGAUCAUGUGUCUUACACAUGCUUAGUUUGUAUACAAUUCAGUCAAAUAAGGAGAUACUAUAUCCAAGAAGUGCAGAAGCUUAUACCAAGUUGUGCAACAUAGUUUCAUUACAGUAAUGCACAACGCAAUUUAGUACAAGUGUAUGUAUUUGUAUGUGUAUUGUAUUUGUAAAUAGAUCAGUGUUGAGGAGAAAAGUAUUUCUUAAUAGUAUCUGUUGACUGUUUUUUAGAUGAAGUCCUUUUUACAGACAAAUAUUUAAAUUGUUAGUGCAAUUUAUUAUGGGGAUAUCAUGAAAUCCUAUUGUAGGAUUUUCAACUGUAUCAUACAGGUUAAAUUUCUUACUUAAGGAGUCUGUCCAUCUAACCGUUAUUCUAUGAAGAAAGUGAAAAUAUCUUUCCAGGUAGAUUUUUUUCCAUUAUUUCUGAAAUAGUCCAUAUCCCAUAUUUUUAUAGUGUUGUCUUGCAUUGUGGGCCCUGAGACUGUAUAUUUUACAUUUUUAUUUAUGUUUAUGUGGUGUUAGCAAUUUGAACAAAUAAAAAACAGCUAUUAGUUAUUGCAUUUUGUCAAAGAAAAUUGCCCUCAGUGGCUCAGAGUAGCUUUUCUUUCAGUAUUCUUACCAUUAGUUUAUGCUAAGUGUCUUGGUUAUAACAGUGGUAGAACCAAAUUCCACAGUAGAUCAGUGUUGAACAGCACCUCUGAAAAUACACUGAAAAAGCAUAAUGAAUCACCUUCUUCUGCAGUUUGAAAAUGUAUGCUUUCUUGCACAUUAUUAGUCAUCAUUUAAUGAUUAGGACUUGGAAGUAUCCUUUAUCUCUGCCAACUCUGAAUGUUUUUUAUAUUUUUGGUUGUGCAUACAUCAAGUAAAAUUGCUGUCAUAUGCAAGUAAAUAGCUAACUUUACCCUCUGUAGCAUUCUUUUACUACAAAAGACAAUAAAGCUAAGUAAGAGGAAUUCAGUGUUAGAAACAAAUGUGUAGAUAAUAGGACUUUACACAAAGCUGGAACCAAAAUUAAGUAGAAAUUUGGUUAAUGUAGGUUUUGCCACAGGAAUCAGCCAAGAACAACAGCAGUGGCUAAAUGUUGCCUUCGGUCCAUCACAAGGGAUAAACUUAAUCUUCCUGCAGGUACUGUGUGAGAGAAGUUUCUUUGUAAUGAUCUUCUCUUGUUAUUUUUUACCCACUUCUUAUCAGACUUAAACACAAUUAAAUGCUGAAUUACCAGUCACUGAUUUUUGUUCUCAAACAGUAAUCAAAAGUAAUUUCUGAAUAAGUAAACAAAAUAAAAAUGUAUGUAUGUAUUGUUUGUAAGGGUAAAAUCCACAAAUGUUUAUAUGAAACAAUAAGGUACAUUCACAUUUUGUUUAAUAUUAUGUUACCAGUUGCUGGUUGAUAGGUUGGCUUGUUCUGUUUUUUCAGUAAAAAGUUUAUCUUAAAGCUAUGGGAAACAGCUUUCUGCUUGAUGAAAAGUUACCUCUGUGCUUCCUGUAGGUAUAAGCUGGGGUACUGCUUUUUUAGGUUUAUCAGUAAUUGGAAGUUAUUUCAAUGCUGUGGUAUUUUGUUUACUCUUACAUAGCCAGAAGAGACUAUCUGGUCAGUUUUGCAAGAACAGUAUUACAAGAUAGGAGGGAAGGUACUUAAUGUUUUAACUUUCUGUAUUAUAAACUUAAGUAAAAUACAUAAAUGUUAACUCAUUGUGUUCAUUUCUUGUUACAUAUUCCUAUCUUAACCAAAUAAAUUAGUCUCUACAUCUUUGAGAUAUAAUUCUACUGCUUGGUUUUGUAACACUAAACCUGUAAGCCUCUGAAAAUUUGCUGGGCUCCGUGUUAUGUAAAAGAGAUUGCUGUAUGUUGGUCCAGCCACAGAUGCUCAAGAGUCACAAAACCACAUGUUCUUCUUGGGACGUUUUAAGAAUGGAAGAAAGCAUAACCAGCAUUGACUCGUAAGUGCACGCAUAGAUACGUACACAUAGAUACGUACACAUAGAUACAUACAUAUAGAUACAUACAUAUAGAUACAUACAUAUGUAUGCCACAGGGGAGUUUGAGUUGUGUUUUUCUUUAAUUUUUCCUCAGUGCCAUAAGGUAUUUGUGCAAUAGGUACAUAGUGUAGAGUGAAACCCAAGGCCUCGCAUGGGCCUGGAAAUUGCAGUUGCUUAUACAAAACCCCCUGAAUAUUUUGGUUCCAAUCCAAAACUGAAUCUUGACAUGGCUCUAGACUAAUGUUAAAGAACACCAGUGUCCAUGGUUUUAUAUGAAAGUUUCAUAGCAAGAAAACCUGAAAAGAAGUAAGUACAUCAGCUGGCAAAACAUCCCAAACAAUGAAGUUAAAACUCUUUAAUUGCAUUUUUAAGGAUGACAUUUUGCAACGUUAUACAACUUUGACUGCAAAACAUGCAAAUUUGCACUGCAGCAAACAAAGUUAUUCCACCAUCUGAACAGAUGGUGUUAUCAUAACCUUUGUAUGCUUGAGAAUGUUUGCAAGCAAGCAACUUCUUCCUAUGCUGUAGAGUGAAAAAAAAUAAGCAAAUGCUUAUCCUCAUGAAUAAGAACAUCAACAAAGAUUCCAAAUAACAACUAAAAGGGAUUUUAUCUACGUGUUUGUAAACUAUUAUUCCAUCUCUGCUAUACACGGUACCAAGGUUGGUUUUGCUGGUAAUUCUAGCUUAUGUACAAAUGCCAAGACCAAACUGAAACAACAACGAAAACACCAACAAACCGACAACCCAAAAACACUGUUAACAUGAAAUUCUUUAAUAAAAAGG